AUGCACGGACAAGGGCAAUCGGUGUAUGUCCUACCUGCAGCUGCACUCCCAGGAGCCCGCGCCCAUGUGAUCGGCAGCAGCAGCAGCAGCAGCACACUUUUAGCUGGUCGACUGCAACGCGGGGCGGCUCACCAGCGAAUCAAGGACAGCAUGGAUGCUUCUGCAGCAGCACAGACAGCGCGGCGUGUCGAAGCUCGCAACGAAUUUGCGCACCGACAGCGCAAGCAUGCUUCACGGAAGCAGCAGCUGCACCAGUUUCAACAUAAGCAACAGCAUACGCUGCAGAGACCACGUGCAGAUAAGAAUGAAGACAUAAGCGGCAUGUGCCUGACCUUCUCAAUCGACGGCAAACGCGCGCAGCCGGCGCCCGAUACAGCAGCCCGAACAGGAGAUGCUCCAGCAGCAACAGCUCCAGCAACUGCAGCGAAAACAUCUGCAGCACAAGCAGCGGUAGCGGCGGCGAUACCUGCAGCUGCAACAGAACAUGACUGUCUUCACGCUGCACACCCCACCUCACUCAAGAGCAGCCCCAGACACGAGGCUCGUGAUUCGACAAGGCACUCAGCAGCAGCAUGCAGGAUGCUGUCCGCUAGAGAGGCCUUGCGAGCAGCAGCAAAACCGAGAGCGAAAGCCAGACCACCAGCAGCACAUGCAGAAGCACCUGCUGCACAUGGUGCAGCACUAGCAGCACAUGCUGCACCACAAGCAACUGCCGCAACAAAACCACAGCAGAAUCUACACAACACCAGCAGCAGCUGCCCAGUGGACCCUCGCAGUAGCAUUUUUGAUACUGACACCCCGCAGCACAUCGUCAGCAGAAUCCUUUCUCGUGUGCGAAGGCGCGUGGCAGCAGAGAUGGACAACAGCAUCAGCAGCGGCACGAGUAGCAGAGACAGUAGCAGCAACCCCUGGGGCUGGCAACGGCACCACACAACAUCGCGCAACAGCAGCAACUCAAGGCGAGUGCCCCCCCACAGCAGAGGCAGUAGCACCAAAAAACACUUGGAGAAGCACAGUGGUGCAGCGCUAAUGAUUCUCUCUGGAAGCAGCAGCGUAUCAAGCAGCAACAGCAGAAGCAGGGACAGUAGGGUCAACAAAAGCAGACAUCGCCGCCGAGAACGAGGACAUUACAGGCACUGCAGCCGCAAGGGUGGGAGGAGGAGAAGCAGCAGCAGCAGCAUCCACAGCAGCAGUAUUCACAGCAGCACCAGCCGCAUUCACAGUAGUAGCAUCCAGGCAAGCCACAGGAAGCUGGGGAGUAAUGAGGGGCUGCCUGCUUCCCUUGGCCUUGUCGGAUCGUCCAAGGCACGAGCAGAAAACCUCACUACCGCUAGAGGAACACCGCUGCAGCAGGGAGUGAAUAAAGAGUUGCUGCUGUCGUGCAGAAAGAGCAGUAACAGUAGCAAAAGCGAGUCUUUGAUAAGCCAGUGGCUGAACUUCUCUUCUGCGUUGCUUGUGGAGGAGGAGCUUAAGUGGAUUCCAGAACAGCAGUACAUUGGUUCUCCCGCCGACGUUGCUCUCGGAGCUUCUGUCUUCAGCAGUGUCACGGGAAUAGCAACACCAGCACCAGCAGCAACAGCAGCAAGACGGCGGGAUCGAAGAGAUACCAAGCUCGACUGUGCUUCCCUGACGUGCGGCGAGGAGGAUUUCAUUUUAAACUCAAAGCCAGAGGAGGUAAUAGCCCGCAUCAAGCGGCGCCUGGGGAUUCUCAGGAGCAGCAGCAGCAGCCCCAACCGCAGUAACAGCAGCAACAACAGUAGCAGCAAUAGUCUCACCCUGAGUGCGCUUGAGCACUCACAGGAAGGAAACUCUCGUUCAAACAGGGAGCAGAAGCAACCGAAGCAGAGACAGCAACAGCAGCAACUUGCAUCCGGACUGACUGAAAAGCAACCGCUUGCAGGAUCACCUUCACAGCUUAUUGACGAAUGGUCUGCUGCAGUUGAUGCUGCGAGCGACGAAGCAGCAGCAGCAACAGCAGAAGGAACCCUGCAUUUAAAUGACAGCCUCCUCUUUCGCCUGUCCCCUGAUUCGUCGUGCCACCCCCUUUCUCCUUCGGAGUUUGUCCCCGAUGCCUCUCCCUCACAGCAACAGCUGCAGCAGCUGCAGCUGCUGCUCCAGCGGCGCCGACGGUACAGCGCAGAAGACCUGCGCGCGCUAGAGACAGACUGGCCGAAGGAAGCACAGCAGCAGCAGCAGCAGCAUCGUACAGACACUGGCGUUGCCGAUGAACCGAUAUGGCAGGAUAGGCAGAAGCGGAACCAACAUCAGCACCAAACCUGUCGUAGCGUAAGUGCUCACGCGACGUCGCAGCACAUAAGGCAGCAGCGAAGAACUGAGGGAGAGGCUGCAGGGCCGCAGGUUGGGCAGAACGGCAGGGAGGCGCAACAACAACACCAGGUGGAAAGACCGCAAUUAAUGCAGCAACAGCAACAACAGCAAAAUGAAGAUACGACAGACCUGAGUUAUGGCAGCAGUUUUGAGGACAGUGGGGAUGAGGCAGCUAAGAAUAUUCGCACACAACGGAAUAGCGAGCAGCAACAGCAACAGACCAUGGCUGCAGCCAUAACAGAAGCAACACAGCUCGAAACAGCAGAGCACAGUGCUGCAACAGCUACUCCGGACCUGCAGCGGUCUCAGCAGCACAACGAUGCUGCUGAAUUUGCAACUCAGCGAUGGGCCAGUGCUGCAACAGCGGCGGAUAUACCAGCGUUAAUAGAGUCGACAGGGGAACAAGUAGCGACCGUAGGUCAUUCUGCAGUUUCAGGCGAGGCAGAAGAGGUGGUUGCGGGUGCUGUUGCAGCAGUCACUUCAGCAGAUCCAGGAGCAAUGGGACCAGCAGCAACAGCAACAGCAGCAGAAGCGGGAGCGAACCCAGCAAUAGAGAUGGGAUUGACACCCCAAACCCCACCUUCAGCAACGCCGUCGGCAAAAAGCUACGCUUACGCUGUGGAUUCCGUUCAGUUCGAGAUAGUAGGCACUGGCGCAGUUAUUCAGCUGCCAGCAGUAGCAACAACAGCAGAAGCAGCAGCAGCAGCCCCAGAAGCUGCCGAGACAAGCGAGAUGCAAGCACCAGAAUCCAACACUGUAUGCACACGCGACGCUGCGUGGCCCAGUGCAGCGGAUGCUUCCUGCCCUCCGUCCACUUGCGCAGCAGCCGCACAGCCGGCACAGCUAGAUGCAACAGCUGUACCUGCCGCGCCUGCCAGUGCGGCUGCUUCGCAGGGCCCGGCAGGAGCAACAUCAGCGCCCACCGCAGUGGAGUCUCCCGCAGUUGCAACCACAGAUGCUAGUGCGGCAACUCCGCCUGCUGAUGCCCUCAUUCACCCUGGCUCUGGCGUGGCUUCUUCUGUUGCACAGCGAGCCUUCCCGCGUGUAGCAAAGGGUUCUGCGGUCACAGCAGCUGCGGCUGACGCAGUAGCUGCUGCUGCUGGUGCAGUAACCGUCCCUGCUGCCACAACAGGUCUCCACGGUGCUGCAGCAGCUGCUGCCCCGGAUGGUGCUGCUGAUUCUGCAGAAGCUGCUCCCGAUGAUGAAGCAGCUGCUCGCGUUGCUUCGGUAGCUCCUCCCUAUGCUGCUUGCGUGACGGCAGCUGGAGUGCCUGUUCGUGUUGCUGCGGCAACUGCCUCUACUGCUGCAGCAGCUGAUCGUGCUGGUGGAGUAGAUGUUCCUGCUGUUGCUCUACCUGCUCCUUCUGCUGCAUAUGCUGCUGCACUACCUGCUCCUGUUGCUGCAGUAGCUGCUCCUGGUGCUGCAGUGGUUGCUCCUGCUGCUACUGCAGCUGCUCCCGCCGCUACAGCAGCAGCUCCUGCUGCUACAGUAGCUGCAUCUACUGCUGCACUACCUGCUUCUGCCGCUGCAUUAGCUGCUGAUGCUCCAGGAGCUGCUGACCGCAUAGAGUCGUGUACUGGGGGCCUGGGGACAGCGAUUUCCACAGCGGCGGCAACAACCCCACCGCCAGCGGCAGCAGAAAUGUCUGCGGCUUUUGCUGUACCGCAGCUGCUUCACUAUCCACAGGAAUAUGUGCUGCCACAGCUUCCACUAUGUAGCAGCAGCAAUAUCGGCAGCAGCUUCUAUUGCUUGCAAGUUCCCUUCGCUGGCCAAUCUGUAGGUGCUGCGGCACCCACUUGUGUGGGCUGUCUGCAGCGGCAACAGCUGCUACAGCUACAUAAACACUUGCAGCAGCCGCACCACGAGCAAGCACAGCAGCCACAUCAAGCACAGCCCGUUUGCCUGCAGGUGGAGCACCGAGAGCCGCAGCAACGAAGUGGGGGCCUUUCUGGUUCAGUGCGAGUGCCAACCAUGCCAACCGUAGAAACAGAAGCAGCACAGCCACAGGAACGAACAGUGCUGCACAGGGAAGAAGUCUUGGGGCAGCGUUUGCUUUGUGCGCUGGCAAAAGCAGUUUGGCCUCCUUCCCAGAAAUACCGACGCGGACGACGCAUCCGCAUACAUUAUGGCAGCAUCAACAACAACCGGAGCAGCAGCAACAGGAGCAGCAACGAGAUGCACGGCAAAGGAGAAAAUGAGUUUAAAAUAGCCCGCCGGAAUACGAAAACGGAAAAGGAAGACCGAAACGGCAAAAGAGACAGGGGGAGGAAGGGCCGCAAAUAUAACAAGCGCAGCAGCAGUAGCAGCAGCGGCUGCAACAAAAUCGCAUUACCGAACGUGGACAAAAAGACGCACUACCAAUGCAGCAGCAGCAGCCAUCGACACGUGCAUCAGGGACCACCUUAUGGUAAUCAGGCCGGAGCAGCAGUCCCUCCAAGCAAGGAAACCUACAGACGGGAGCCGCUAGCGGGGAGCACACACCGUGGGAAGGGGCGGGGCAAUAGAGUCUAUGACGGGGAGGAAAAGCUGGCAAGGAGCAUUAGAUUGCAGCAGCGGACUCGUUUGCUCCGUUUGCUGGAGCAGCACCUAGAAAUGCAGCAUAUCCGUUUCACAACUGCUGCACUGUUUAAUGCAUGA